UUGUUUCGGGCCCUUGGGGACCAGCUCGAGGGGCACUCGCGGAACCACCUGCGCCACCGCCAGGAGACAGUGGAUUACAUGGUCCAGCAGCGCGAGGACUUUGAGCCCUUCGUGGAGGAUGAUGUGCCCUUUGAGAGACACGUUUCCAAUCUGGCAAAGCCUGGUACCUUUGCUGGCAACGAUGCUAUUGUGGCCUUUGCAAGGAACAACCAAAUGAACGUGGUUAUUCAUCAGCUCAACGCUCCGCUCUGGCAGAUUCGUGGCACAGACAAAAGCAACGCAAGGGAGCUGCACAUUGCGUAUCGCGACGGAGAGCACUACGACAGCGUGAGGAGGAUCAACGAUGAUUCUGAAGCUCCAGCGUAUCUUCAGAUGGAGCUGCUUUGCAAAAAUGAUUCGGGUACAAAGGAGGAAGUGAAGCCACAGAAGGGAGACUCUGAAGACGAGAUUGAGGUUGAGAUGGAAGAUGCUAUACAAGAAGUGUGCAAUGCAACUGGAUGUUCAGACAUUGACUUAGUAAGCCACGUUCUAGAAGUGGAAGACUACAAUGUAGAAUCUGCCAUCUUUGCCAUCCUUCAAAUGAAUGAAGUGAAGAGAAUCAGUACUGAGGAACAGCACGAUCCCCAGGGCACAGCUCCGGAAGUGCACAGCCGAACUCAGGGGGAAGAAAACGGAACUGGUUCAAGAAUCUUUGGAAAUCAGAGCUUACAUCAAGGGGAAAUAGAAAACCACAAGGGACAGCCUAGAUCCUCCAAAGAGAAUCGAGCUAGCAGAAACCCAAAGGCAUCUAAAAAACAAAAGAAGGAGCAGCAGAGACUAGAGAAGAAGAAGAGGCAGGAAGAGAGGCACCGACAAAAGGUCUCAGGCAACAAAAGUAACUGUCCA